UGUCAAGAGGCUCUUUCAAGAAGGAGCAGAUGGAAGGUAAGUUAUGGGAACCUCAUUUUUCUGAAGGGAAUUUGGAGUGAGGACAGAAGAGGGGAUGCUCUGAGAGUGAGGUGACUGACAGAUCUUUUGGCAGGACCCUGGACAUAUUGAGUGGAAGUAGUUCCUUAGUAAGCUCUUAAAGUAAAACUGACUGUUGUCCAGAUAUGAAGCUGCUUCUGCCCCUUGUGGGGCUCCUGGCCAUGCUGACUCUGUCCCAGGCCUCAGAGAGCACCACCUUCCCUGCAGUCACUAGUAAAGUGGAGACUUCGGUGCUGAUGAGCUGCUUGGAAGAUGCAAAGCGACUAGUGGACAGAGCCUACAAACAGACCCGAGAAAGCGUAAAGCGGAGACUUCAGAGUGGAACUGCGAACCCCAUGGACCUCCUAGCCUACUUUAAGCGGCCAGCAGCUGGGACCAGAAUGACUAUAAAAGCUGCUGAGUACAUGCAUGUGGCCCUGAAUCUGCUGGAGGAGAAACUUCAGCCCCAGUACCCUGGAGCCUUCAACCUUACAGAUGUGCUGACCCCAUCCCAGCUGGACCUGCUGUCCAACAUCAGUGGUUGUGCCUCUCAGGAGAAAGAAGUGAAAUGUGAUCAAGACAAUAGAUUCCGCACCAUUACUGGGAAAUGUAAUAACAGGAGGAAUACUUUGUUGGGAGCAUCUAACCAACCGUUGGCCCGAUUGCUACCUGCAGAAUAUGAGGACAGAUUCUCUCUCCCUUUUGGUUGGACUCCUGGAGGGAGGAGGAAUGGCUUCAUUCUCCCACUGGUCCGAGAUGUCUCCAACCAGAUUGUCCGCUUUCCUGAGGGAAGGGUCACCUUGGACCAGGAGAGGGCACUCAUGUUCAUGCAGUGGGGUCAGUUCAUUGAUCAUGACUUGGAUUUCAGCCCAGAGUCUCUAGCCAGGGUGGCUUUCACCAGGGGGAUUGACUGUGAGAGGAGCUGUGCCCGGAUAAUUCCUUGUUUCCCUAUCCAGAUCCCACCAAAUGACCCUCGGAUUACUAAUAGGAGGGACUGUAUCCCUUUUGCCCGCUCUGUACCUGCCUGUGCCAAGAGGAAUUGUGUCCUCAAUCAGAUCAAUGCACUUACCUCCUUUGUGGAUGCCAGCAUGGUAUAUGGUAGUGAAGAUGCCCUUGCCGCCCGACUCAGGAACACAUCCAAUCAACUGGGGCUGAUGGCUGUCAACACACGAUUCCAAGACAAUGGGAGGGAACUUCUGCCUUUUGACAACCUAGAGGAAGAUUUUUGCAAGCUCACCAAUCGAAAUGCUCAAAUUCCCUGUUUCCUGGCAGGUGACAGUCGAGCAAGUGAAACCCCAAAACUAACAGCAAUCCAUACUGUCUUUGUGCGGGAGCACAAUCGGCUGGCUAGGGAGUUGAAACGACUAAAUCCUCAGUGGAGUGGAGAGAGACUGUACCAGGAGGCUCGGAAGAUUAUUGGAGCCAUUGUCCAGAUCAUAACCUACAGAGACUUCCUCCCCCUGGUUCUGGGAGAGGCUAGGGCUGCCAGAACUCUGGGUCCCUACAAGGGCUACUCUCCUCAAGUGGAUCCUCGUGUCGCUAACGUCUUCACUUUGGCCUUCCGUUUUGGUCACACACUGAUCCAGCCCUUCAUGUUCCGCUUGGGCAACCAGUACCAGUCCUUGGGACCCAAUUCUCGAGUCCCUCUUAGCACUGUCUUUUUUGCCAGCUGGAGGGUUGUAAAUGAAGGUGGAAUCGACCCCAUUCUCCGAGGCCUCAUAGCCAAUCCAGCCAAACUGAACCGCCAAAAUGAAAUACUGGUGGAUGAACUCAGGGACAAGUUAUUCAGACAGUUUAGGCGCAUUGGGCUGGACUUGGCCGCUCUCAACAUGCAACGCAGCCGGGACCAUGGUCUCCCAGGAUACAAUGCUUGGAGGCGCUUCUGUGGGCUUUCCCAACCUCAAAAUUUGGCCCAACUUGCCGCGGUUCUGAAUAACACCAAUCUGGCAACCAAGUUCAUGCGUCUGUAUGGGACUCCUGACAACAUUGACAUCUGGAUUGGAGCCGUUGCUGAGCCCCUUUUGCCUGGGGGCAGAGUAGGACCUCUCUUGGCCUGUAUUUUUGAGAAUCAGUUUAGAAGGGCAAGAGAUGGAGACAGGUUCUGGUGGGAGAACCAAGGUGUCUUCACCGAGAGCCAGCGCCAGGCCUUGAGCACAGUCUCCUUAUCUCGGAUUAUCUGUGACAACAGCGGCAUUAACACUAUCCCCCAGCGCAUCUUCAGGGCCAAUACCUACCCAAGGGAUUUUGUGAAUUGUGCGAGUAUCCCCCAGCUGAACCUCUCAGCCUGGAGAGGCAGAUGAGGA